AUGAGGGGAGUGUUCAUACAAGCACCGCCUAUCACAUCCGACGACGUGGAAGUUGUCAAACCUCAAGAAGCAGAAAUGUCACGGAAGACCGCCUAG